UGUUUUAAUGGCGGCUGUAAACUGUAAACGUGUCGCGUCAGUCAUGCCUCUCUACCUUAUAUACCUGCUUAUACCUCUUACCUCUCAUCGUCAACAAGCAAGCCCUUAGUAUAAUAGAAGCGUACUUUUUUUAUUAUAGUAUUAUAGUAUACACCUACUUAUUACUACUAGUGAUAUUAAAGAAAUAUAUCAAAGAAAAUUCUUUUAUAUCACUUAUAGGUAUACUCACUACCUGUCUGCUACUGCAAUAGUAUACCUGAGGAUAGCAAAUUGGCAAUUUCUUUCAUGUGAAGUGUAAAAAAAAAAAGAAGCGAGUGCUUGGUGUGGAGCUUACAAGUUUGUAUGAUAAUGACAUGUGUAUUGUGCAGCUCAAGGUAUCAAACCUGAUAUCAAAAGAAAUGUUUUGAUUUUCAAAUACUCACAAUUUUUCACGGGCAACGCAAAAUGGCCAGAAGAGGUCGAAAGCGCAAAAUGGCGAUGGCGGAGGACAGUUGGGAGAAGGAUAAGAUACUUCCGGAAAAUCUCCGAGACGAGAUGGAGACUAUGUGGGAGCUUCCGCAAAUUUUCCACUUCCUGCAAUUAACCAAAGAAGCGUUCAACGUGACGCACCUGUCGAUGUACGAGGUCGAGCGAAUGCUUUUGAUGCCCAAAGCAUCGAAACAACUAGCUCACAUAAUGACGUGUCUGUUGAGUAAUCCCUCGACGACAAAGUCUAAAUUGCACAAAGUACCUUUGAUGCCUUAUACGUUUUGGACCAACGUUUUGAUGUACAAAUUGAAAAAUUGGUUUAAAAUCCACCAAUCCAAGAGAGAGAAUCCACUAAAGACUUUCGAUUGCCUGGGAGUUGAGCCGGAAUUUUGGAAAAUUUUUCCGGAUUCCAAUGAAAUCGAGGGAAAAGAUUUCCAGGACUUUAGCUUCAAGCAGAGAGUUUGGCUGUUAAAGACAGUAUGUGAUACUGCAAUGCACACGAGAAAAACCAUCCAAGAAGAGAUCACGAGACAGCCUUCGGAGAAUCAAUUUGAGACCGUGUUGGGUACCGACAGGUACGGGGCUCGGUACGUGUAUUUUCCACAGUUCCUACACAACGAUCUCAGGGUGUACAGGCAUUGCUUGGACAACAAAGUGCUGUCGUCGGUAAAGCCUCCGGCGAUCAAAGUAAAACCAAAAAGUCCGGAGCUAGUGGUGAAGAAGGAUGUUCCAAGGCCCAUAGCGUCGCGUGGCAGACGGAAAAGACGACGCUCGCGUUGGCAAAAAGGUUCUCUGCCGCUGAAAGUACAAAAGAAACCGGUAAAGAUGAAAAUCAGUUGUGGUCCUUUGGUCGAUCAGGGCGUGGUCGACUCGAGCUCGAACUCAGCUGAUACCGGAAGGACGUCCAGGUGCUCGUCCAAAGCUUCGGAACUCAGUGCCAGUAGUUGUGCCAAAUCUAGUGGCUAUGAGACAAACGCAUUGGACGAUGUGGUUGACAGUAAGAGUGAAAAAGGUACAAGCAACACUAAGGAUGCCAGUGAAGUUGAGAACGAUAACGUAAAAGUAGAAGGGAAAGUUAGCUUAAGGAACGAAGAAACGAAAACAGAGGAUGGAAUAGAUGAGUCACUAGAAGAUAAGCCGUUGGAUAGGUCUAUAAAUGAUGUUCCGAAAAGCGAAGAAUCCUCUGUUAAAGAAAGUAGUAAUUUUUCAAUAGACGAUGUAUCCAAAAGUUCCAAGACAGACGACGAGAAGCUCGAGGAAAUGAUUGCCUCAAAGACAUUGGAAAAAUCCGAGCCUGAUUUGUUCCAGAAUAAAAAAUGUGAUACGCCUACCGAUGUCGCCAGCGAAUGUGCUAGCGACGAAUUGAGUCUGGAUAAGUGGAUGAAGGAAAAGCUGAAAGAAAAAAGAGAAUGCAAACCUGAUGACACUGCUUCUGACUCCGAAGAGGUUCAGAUUUCGUAUUCAAGACGUAGUGCACGUAUAAAGCACAUUUCCGAAAUCAAGUUAGAAGUCGAGGAUGCGGAGAAUAUCGUGGACAUGUGCGAAACCGAGGAAUUGUCGUCGAUCGACUUGAGAGAUAGUCUGUGUAGAGUUUCGUCACCUGAAGGGGACUUUUACAACGAAGAAUUCAAUGAGAAUGACUGGAAUGUAAAAAAUUUUAACGAGCUGAUAAGUGAUUUGAGCGUUUCUAACUUUCAAUUAGUUGCUGAUAGCCUAGAUAGCCUCAAAGAAUUGAUUGAGUACAUAGCUUCUGACAAAACUACUCCAAACUAUGAAAGCAAAGAAACAUACGUAACACUGGUUUGUGAAGUCAAUCUUUUACAAAGAAUGAAAAAAUUGGCUGCAUCAUUGGAAAAGGUUGAAAGUAUUUUGAAAGAAUCGACGAAAAAGGCUCGAAAUAAAUUGCAGAGGGAAUGGAGUAACUUUGAAAAUGGCGUGGCGGAAGAGGAUCAGGAACAGCAGCAGGACGGCUGCGACGAGGGCAUGUCGACUAAUGGCUGGCUGGUGGGCCCGCAGGGCUGUAACUUUGAGCAGCUCCUCAGCGCGGAAAAGUGUUCCGAGAUGCUAUCGCAGCCUGCCUUAUCCCGAGAUGGCACCGAAAUCGACUCUGUCAACACGUCAGAUCCUUCUUCAGAGACCCCGUCUUCUAGACAAGCUGAUCAAGCGGGCGAAACUCAAGAUGAAACAGCAGCGACAAAGAAACAAGACCUCGAAGGUACCAUCAAGGAAGAAUAUCGUCAAGAGGCUAAUGGAGAAGAAGGCGAGAAAGAUCGAGACGCGCAAGAUAAGGGUCGUGAUGAAGAAGAAGAGAGGGAGAAAACCGAAGAACGUGAGUACUAAAAUAAGCCUGAUAACAACCUUUCCAAGCGCUGAAUCCACGUUGAUAUCCUGUUGUUUUUUUUUUUUUUUU